AUGGCGGAAUUCCUUCGCUCGCAGAUCCUGGGAACCACGUUCGAAACCACCAACAGAUAUGCCGAUAUUCAGCCUGUUGGGCUCGGUGCCUUUGGGCUUGUUUGCUCUGCCUAUGACAUGAUCACCCGCCAGCCAGUUGCAAUCAAGAAGAUGAUGAAGCCCUUCUCCAACUCUACUCUCGCCAAGCGCACGUAUCGUGAAGUCAAGCUGUUGAAGCACCUACGUCAUGAGAAUUUAAUCGGACUGAGUGAUAUCUUCAUUUCCCCACUAGAGGACGUAUAUAUGGUUACGGAUCUUCUGGGGACCGAUUUGAAUCGACUUCUCACAGCAACCCCUCUGGACGGUAAAUUUGUUCAAUAUUUCACAUACCAGCUACUGCGAGGCUUGAAAUAUAUCCACUCCGCGGGCGUCAUACACCGUGACCUCAAGCCGAGCAACAUCCUGGUCAACGAAAACUGUGAUCUUAAGAUCUGUGAUUUUGGUCUCGCGCGACUGCAGGAGCCCCAGAUGACGGGAUAUGUCUCCACCAGAUACUACCGAGCGCCGGAGAUUAUGCUGACCUGGCAAAAGUACGGCAUGCAGGUGGACAUCUGGAGUGCGGGCUGUAUCGCUGCAGAGAUGCUCCGUGGAAAGCCUUUGUUCCCUGGAAAAGACCACAUUCAUCAGUUCUUUUUGAUUACUGAAGCCCUCGGCAAUCCACCCGAUGAAGUUGUUGAAAGGAUCUGCACCAAGACUACUCUGGACAUUGUCAAGUCACUGCCGAAGCACCAGCCACUUCCCUGGAAAUCUCUAUUUCCGGGCUCGGAUAGCGAUGCCAUUGACCUACUUGCAAAGAUGCUCAUUUUUGACCCGGAGAAGCGACUUUCUGCUGCACAAGCUCUAGAGCAUCCAUACCUGGGGGUGUAUCACGACCCAACCGAUGAACCAGUGGCGGAACACAAGUUCGAUUGGUCAUUCAGCGAAGAGGCGCAUUCGAUUGAUGAGUGGAAAAUCAUGAUAUACUCUGAAGUUGUGGAUUUCCAUGAUCUUGGACCUGCUGGGGAACCCGUCGUUGCAGAAUCCUUCUUGUCUCCUGACGCGAGCCUCAGUCCAGAGGUGUUUGGUCCGCUCAACGAACUGGAGACUCAAAGCAUCGUCGCUAAAUCCAUGGAGAGCCUGGAUCAGGAUAUUAUGCAGUAUCUUCAGAUUUAG